GCCAACUUUAGCGAUUAGUCCCCAUUUCCGAUUGUGCGCAUUGCUCUUUUAUGUCCGGCUGUGUAUUCAUACGCCGUGACGUUACAUGAAAUAAGAAAUACUAUUUUAUUUAAGUGAUCAUCCACUCUUCAUCAUUAUAAAAUGGUGCCUAAAAAGGGCAAGAAGAAGCCGGGAAAGAAGGUAGCAGCAGCUCCUCUCGAAGUAAAGAAGGUUGAAGUUAAAAAGGUAGUCAACCCUUUAUUUGAAAAAAGACCUCGUAACUUUGGAAUCGGUCAGGACAUUCGCCCCAAACGUGACUUGUCUAGGUUCGUGAGGUGGCCGAAGUACAUUAGAAUUCAAAGACAAAAAGCCAUCCUUCAGAAGCGUUUAAAAGUUCCACCGCCAAUUAAUCAAUUUACUCAGACGUUGGAUAAGCAAACAGCAACACAGCUGUUCAAAGUGUUGGAAAAGUAUCGUCCAGAGACAAAGAUCCAGAAGAAACAACGUCUAAAGGUGCGUGCUGAGGCGAAAGUAGCGAAGAAAGAAGAUAAACCCACAAAGCGUCCUAUUACUUUACGGGCUGGAACCAACACAGUUACAACUCUGGUAGAACAAAAAAAGGCUCAAUUAGUUGUAAUUGCUCAUGAUGUUGAUCCUAUUGAGCUUGUUCUCUUCUUACCUGCACUUUGUCGCAAAAUGGGUGUACCUUACUGCAUUGUCAAGGGAAAGGCACGUUUAGGUUUGCUAGUAAGACGCAAAACUUGUACUUCGGUCGCUUUAACUCAAGUAGAUGCCGCCGAUCGUGCCAACUUUACAAAAUUGUUGGAAGUAAUCAAAACGAACUUCAAUGAUCGUGGCGAUGAAAUCAGACGUCACUGGGGCGGCGGUCUUCUUGGGUCGAAAUCUGCUGCACGUAUUGCUAAAAUUGAAAAGGCGAAGGCGAGAGAAUUAGCGCAGAAACAAGGUUAAAAAUCUUGCUUCGUUAGCGUUACUUAUUUUAAGUUUGUAUAAAACUUGACCUACAAUAAAAAACUAUUUAAGAA